UUCAAAGCCAAUUCAUUGAGAAUCAAAAGAAUCUUCUCUCUCUCUCUCUCCAAGAGAUUCUCUCUGUCUCUGUCAAUGGCGCUUCGCAGGACCCUCACAAAGCGUAUCAUCGACGGUUACAGAUCUGCCGGAUCUUCGCUGGCGACUCCAGAGCAUUUCUCGCCGGCGAAAUCGAAGAUCCAACGAGAGCACCUGACAUCGCCGGAAAAUGGCCAGAGCAGAGGAUUUCUCCGGCGGUUCCUCCACCGUCCUGUGGCGGCGAAUGUCUCGGAUUUUCUCUCUCUUCCUGUGGGUGAGCGACUGAGGGAGAGACUCACGGGUCUCGACUCCGACAGAAACCGGAUCCGACGGCAGAUCGAAGCCUUGACUCUGCCUCCUCCGCCUCCGCCGUCGAUGUCGUCGGAAAAUGAGAUUCCGGAGACCGGAGACACCGUGAGCGGUAGUGGACUGACGGUGAGUGAGACGAAGAAGCUGUUGAGGAUGUAUCAGGUGGAGAAGAUGAAGGCGAGGCUGAGGGAGAUUCCGAAGAGCUCUGUAACGUAUUGGGAGUUUGUUCAAAUCUGUAGCCAGGGCUGUGGGAGCGACGAACAGGGAUUAGAAUUGGCCAAGUCCUUGGACGAUUCAGGAAACGUCAUCGUUUUAGGAGACCUCGUGUUUCUCCGACCAGAGCAGAUGGCCAAGUCCAUGGAAGCAUUGAUCAACCAAACAUCAACUCUCCCCAACGAUCCAAGGAAAGAGGAGCUAAUCCAGCUCGAGAAAACGAAGAACAUGAUCGAUUCGAAAGCCCGAGGGAGAGUGCAGAUGGAAUUAUACUGCGGAUUGGGCCUCCUGGCGGCACAAACCGUAGGAUUCAUGCGUCUGACGUUCUGGGAACUGAGCUGGGACGUGAUGGAGCCCAUAUGCUUCUUCGUCGCGUCCAUCCAUUUCUUACUUGGGUACGUCUUUUUCCUCAGGACCUCCACAGAGCCCUCCUUCGAAGGAUUUUUCCGACGGCGGUUUGGGGUGAAACAAAAGAAGCUCAUGGAGAUUCAUGGCUUCGAUCUCAAUCGGUACAAUGAGUUGAAGACAUUGUUUUCACCCUCGUCCUCGUGUGCUUCUCAUGUAUGAACAUUCGGAAUUUCGGGUUUACGGAAAUACUAAGUUUAGGCAGUGUAGGAUUGGGAGAAAAAACAAUGGACCCAACGCGGUGGAGUGAUCUGAUCGAUGAAAUUGGAUAAAGUUCCACGGUUGGCCUUUAACGUGUCUUGCUCGGAAGAUGAAUGAACUCUGUUUUCCUCUUUGUUGAGGUUUUGCUUUGUAAUGAUCUAAAACGAAGCUUUUCAGAGGGUUUUUUUCCCCA